UGCAGUUCGACGCACCAAAGUGGAUUUAAAAAAGCGCAACUCGCUGGAGCUUCAGUGCAAACACGCGUCCAGACCUCAGAAGACGAAUUUAAAAAGUCUGAGUGACUAACUUCAUCGGAACAUAAAUAUAUUUUUAUGCAUAUAGUCUUUCACUGGAGGAAUUCAUUUUUAAUCCUUUGCGCUUUUUUCUUUUCUUGUGCGUCUUGUGAGUCUCCACAGCCUGCUAGGGAAGUUGCCUCGAAAUUGUGACAGAUGUGAAAGAAAUGAAAUCAUAUGUCUUUUUAAAUGAUGACAGAGAAAAGUUGCAUGGGGGUAUCCUGUAGGAGGAGUUCUUUGUGACCAAACAAGUAACGGAUUUUCCCUUAUAAAAAAGGAAACUGAGUCCCGACCGCUCAAUGAACAGCAUUAUUCGGAGACCCCGCUGCGCAGCAGGUCCUGGUACAAGCAGAUGUGUUGUCACACAUAGUCAAGAACCUGUAUCCAUCGUUUCUCAGGCUGCAUGCCAAUAUUUUAGUGCCUCUUUAGUUCAUCUUUUAUAAGACACAUGCUUGUGAGCUCAGGCACCCACUGACAGCAAAGCCUCUUCAAACAGCGGGUUCCCUGCUUCCCUGCCAGCCCACCCCAAGCUUCAUGGGUUGAACCACCAGAAGUUCGACUAUCUCCUCUUCAUUCUCUCCUCCUCGUCAUCCUCCGCACAACCCCUCAACCCCACCCUCCAUCCUACAACCCCGUGCCGUCUACUUUCUUUACCAGUACUACUACCAGCGUGAUGGCUUGUUGCGCCUUGGGCUUAUUUAGACUUGCAACCACAGCAUCACCCUCGACUUCACAGACUUGCAGACGCAGCAGCCACUAGAGUGAAAGAUCCAGAGAGAUAGAGGGGAGGAAAGGGAGAGACAGACAGAGACAGAGAGCAGUACCACAGGAGAGAGGAGGGAUCAUCUGUCCCAGCAGCAGAGGGAUCCACCUGUCCCACAGAGGAAGGGGCCCCCCCCACCUGAUCCAUCUGGUCGCAGGGGGGGACCCUGCGUAGCCGGGAAGGCAACAGGGACUAUGCAGCUGGGACUGGUGGCGCUGGCAAUGGUCUUCUUCAGCUCCAUGGGUCACAGCGAUGUUCUCAAGCUCUCCAAGGCGAGAAGGCAGAGACGGGUUAGCACUGAGGGGCCACCAUCUUGCUCCAAAGGCUGUGACCGAUGCUCCGAGUAUAACGGCUGCAUCAAAUGUAGACCCAAGCUCUUCAUCUUCCUGGAGCGCAAUGAUAUUCGUCAGAUAGGCGUGUGCCUCGCCUCCUGCCCCAUGGGAUACUUUGGCAUGAGGAACCCAGAAGGCAACAACAGAUGCACCCAAUGUAAAAUAGACAAUUGUGAAGCGUGUUUCAAUCGCAAUUUUUGCACAAAAUGUAAGGAGGGCUUGUAUUCACACAGUGGGCGAUGUUAUGUCAGCUGCCCUCCAGGCCAGCGCACCUCCAACGAGACCAUGGAGUGUGUCGGUCAGCGUCCUGCAGAGUGUGAACUGGGCGAGUGGAGCCAGUGGGGUUCCUGUAUGAAGAAGAACAAAACAUGUGGAUUUAAGAAAGGCUCCCAGUCCCGGGUUCGCGUGCCCCUACCGCAGGUCGAUAUCCCCGACACUUCCCCGGCCUUGGUGCCCUCACAGACCUGUGCUCCACAGACAGAGAGGAGGAAGUGCAUUGUGACCAAGACGCCUUGUGUGAGAGAGAGGAAGAGCAAGGGAGACCGACAAGAUGAUACAAACAGGGAGAAUGCACGCGGGCGAGGACGAGACAGCAAAGAUGGGAGCAGAGGCGGAGGGGGAGGAGGCGGAGGUGUUGGAGGAGGAGGAGGAGGCGGAGGUGUUGGAGGAGGCGGAGGUGUUGGAGGAGGAGGAGGAGGAGGAGGAGGAGGAGGAGGAGGAGGAGGAGGAGGAGGAGGGAAGAGGCGAAGAGGCCAGAGCAGGACCACCACUGCUCCCAGCAUCACAACCAGCUCUGUCAGCUAAACUCCAUCGCCUGCUGGAUGGGUGCUGAGAGAAAAACAGAAACAGUGCCUCACCCAGCAGCACCAGCCACAGACAAAGAUCAAACUGAUGAAGGAAUGGAUUAAUGCUGCUAUGCAUUGUAGAAGAUGCAAAGAGAACUGGAGGAUCGCUGCAACACAAAAGGCUUAUCUGAGCUUUGUGAAUAGAUGAACAUAUCUGGAAGAUACUGGUGUUCAGAAAGACUUGUUGAUUUUCAUUCCACCAUGAGGGAUCACUGUUGGACUGCAAAGCCAGUGUUGAAGAUAGCGGUUCAUGUCAUGAACCUUUGUCUUUGUCACUUCUUGAACUAAGAACAGAUUCCCGUAUUUCAAAUGCAGCAUUCAAGCUGGAAGUCUGAUAAUGAAUGAAGGGUCUCUUCGGUCUCUCUCUGGUCUAGAUUUACUUUGUUCCAGUUUGAUUUUAAUCACAAUCUGUUCUUUAUUUGAUUUCAUGUUCAUGAGAGGUGGCAGAUGGACUUUCUCAACAGCCGCUGUACGUGAUGUAAAGACGAUGAAAAGUAUUAAGUCUUUGUACCUUUAGUUCCUGUUGUGAGAUGAAACAAAAAAAGAAAGGCACUGGAAAUCAUUUGUGGUUGUUGAGGACAGAAAGUCCUCUAUACAGUAUAUUAUUUCGAGGAGGGAAUCCAUUACAAAACAAGCCUAAGAGAAGAUGUAGGAGGAUUACUGGGGGCUCAACUCACAUCCUUCUCCGGUGUCUUGACACAGACUUUUGCCAUUUGAUAGCUUAGUUGUUUGGUCUGAAAUAAAUGUCGGUGUUUGUGUCAGAAAAUAACUCUGCACAGAAAAGGAGGAAUAAAAACACAAGUAUUUGCAUGUGCGUGAGUGAAAGAGAGAGAGUGUGUGUGUGUGUGUGCGUGCGUGCUUGUCUCUACCUAAAGUCUGAGUGUUGGUGUACUUUGUAUGCAUUUCUGCACGGAAUCAAGUUGUUUGUCAAUGGAACUUAGUCGUUUGUACAUGUGUGUUUACGUUUGCACAUAUGUGUUAAUAUUGGUCUCAUAGAUUGAAGGAACAGGUUCUCGAAAAACAAGAGGAAGGAAAUGUAAAUGCACAGUGAUAUAUCGAAUAUGCAGUAACUACAAGCCACUGAUUAUCAUUUAAGCCAUCAAAUCAUCAGCUGCUCAGUAAUCUUAUCUGUUUGCAACAGGGUCUGAAGAUUUUGCACAACUAUAAUGUUUCCUACUGCUCGUGUUUCAGAACAAUCAUAGCAUUUUAUACAUUUAUACUCCAAAAGCUUCAUGACAUUGCAGAUACGAAGAGGAGGGGUUUUUUUCCCAACGUUUUUCAUGGGUCUGUUUGCUUUACACACAAUAUUAACUUCAGGAGAAGUUACACACUACAUUAUUCAUUCAUACUAUGGAUUGUGAUGCUGAAUAUGUCAUACUGUGUUUAUCAUCAAACAUACAAAGUAUUAGAAUCAUCAUGUAUAGCUUAUUCUGUGAAAGCCUAAAUAAAGUUCAGAUGAAGCUGAUCAGACGUCAGUCAUA